UGAAGUGAACCCGCGUGCAGUCAGCCACCAAACAGAAACUUCACUCUCUGUGAAAAAUAUCAGCACUUCCCUCUCCGUCUCAAGCUCAACCUUCAGCCACCAUCAACUCAACUCUCAACUUCUUUGCAGGAGCAACUUCUCUUCUUGGCAACAAGAUUACGUCGUCUUUUGAGUUUGUGUUUUCAUUGGUUUUGAUGGAGAAAAUUAUGGGAUUGACCAAUUUUCUUUGUCAAGCAUUUCAGACGAAAACUCAAGGCAUUGUAAGUGCUUUAAAUUUUGUUGAGAACACAAAAAUGCAACUUGAAGAUAUGAGGGAAAAUGGUUGGGAUGAUUUUUUCAUGAGUGUGGUAUCAUUUUGUGAACUACAUUGUGUUGAUGUUCCUGAUAUGGGUGGUCGUUAUAUGACGGGCACACGUCGUUCUUGCCAACAAAAAGAUUUUAUUACAAUUGAGCAUGCUUAUCGCAUUGAUGUAUUUAAUAAUGUUAUAGAUUGCAUGAUGAGGGAGUUAAAUGAUAGAUUUCCUGAGCAAACAGUUGAACUUCUUACUCUUAGCUUAGCAUUGGAUCCGCGUAAUUCUUUCAUGUCAUUUAAUAUUGAGCAUAUAUGUAAACUUGCUCAGAAAUUCUAUCCUGCUGAUUUCCUUCCUCAUGAGUUGAAAGCUUUAGAAGUAGAGCUCAAGUAUUUUCAGAAUGAUAUAAAACGUCUUCCAUGCUUUAAGGAAAUCACUACUCUUCCUCAGUUAUGUCAACAAUUGAUGGAAACAACUUUGGGGGAAAACUACUAUUUGAUUGAUAGGUUGGUGUUGACUCUUCCUGUUUCUACAGCAACAACGGAACGAGCUUUCUCAUGUAUGAGAAUUAUUAAGAAUCGACUUCGAAGCACCAUAAGUGAUGAAUUUCUUGGUGAUCGUAUGAUCCUCCACAUUGAAAGAGAGUUUGCUAAUGCUAUUGACAAUGCAUCCAUAAUUGAGGACUUUAAGAGUUCUAAGCCUCGUAAGGUUAGAUUUUAGAUUUAAAUAAUGUUGUUUUGUAUUGCAUUGCAUUGCAUUUAACUUUUGUUUUUAUUUUAGUUUUUGUAUUUGUAGAUCUAGAUGCAUUUGAGGGUAAGACUCAUUACGUCCCCCCUGACUAGGUGUAUCUUUUUAUGUUUAU